UGAGGAGUCGCGCGCUGCUGGGAACGGGACCCGAGCCUGAGCUGCACCUCACUGUCCCCUCGUGGGAUGAUAACUGAUGCGUGAGACCGGUGAGAGUGGUGAGAGUGAGUGUGCGUGUGUGCUUGUUUGAACGUGUGCGCGUGCGUGUGUACGUGUGUGUAUGUGUGUUAGUGAGCUGCGUGUGGAUGCAUCGUGCGCGCGUGCCGGAGGACACACCGUGUGUGCGCGCGCGUGUGGAGAAGGUGAGCAGGAGCUGCUGCUGCUGAUGCUGCUGCUGCCGCCGCGUCCUCUUCUUCUUCUUACCUGGCCAUCAUCAUCAUCAUCAUCAUCAUCACCUGCUUUCGGCACGUUCCUCCACUGACAGAGCUCGAGAAUGUGCGCGCGCUGCGUCUCGGACUAAAGCUGUUGGAUUUGCUCUCUCUCCUGUUAUUUUGGCUCGUUUUCGCUAUUUUUGGGACACCUGCUGGAGGAAAGACAUCACAGGAAGGAUAAUGCUCGUGCGCGUGCUUGGUUCCCUUGGUGGAUCUGCUCUCCAGACGCACAGAGAUUAGGAGGCAACAAAAAAGAUAACGGGUUGCGCUUGGCUGCUCCUUAUCUCUGAACGCACGGGUCCAUGAAUCCUUGGCUGUGACCGCGGUGCAUGGGGAUAACUGUUUUGAAAAAAUAAGAGCAGAGGGGAACACGAUUGAACUGCUGUCAUGGAUUUAAAGGAUUUCUACUUAUUGGCAACCCUAGUUGCUUGCCUGUGGCUAGAUCCCGCCAUAGCCCAAGAACUAAUUUACCCUAUCCGGGAGGAACUGCAAGAGAACGUUCUUAUUGGAAACAUACCAAAGGACUUGAACAUCUCCCAUAUGAACACUGCCACUGGGGCCAGCAACAAUCUGGUUUACCGGCUGGUGUCGAAAGCAGGGGACAACCCGCUGCUGAGAGUGAUGAGCAACACAGGAGAGAUUUUUACCACCUCCAACAGAAUCGAUCGUGAAAAGCUCUGCCCCGGACCCUCGUACGAGGACAGCGAGUGCUCCUUCGAAAUCGAAGUGGUCAUACUGCCCAAUGACUACUUCAGAUUGAUCAAAAUCAAGAUCGUCGUGAAGGACACUAAUGAUAACGCCCCGAUGUUCCCUUCGCCAGUAAUUAACAUCUCCAUUCCUGAAAACACGCUCAUCAACAGCCGCUUCGCCAUCCCCUCUGCCACCGACCCAGACAUGGGACCCAACAGCGUGUACAAGUACGAGUUGGUCAACGGCCAAAGCGCUUUUGGCUUGGACAUCGUUGAGACGCCAGAAGGGGAGAAGUGGCCGCAGCUUAUCGUCCAGCAGAAUCUCGACAGGGAGCAGAAGGACACGUAUGUGAUGAAGAUCAAAGUGGAGGACGGUGGCAGCCCUCAGAAAUCCAGCACUGCCAUCCUUCAAGUCACGGUGACUGACGUCAAUGACAACAGACCCGUGUUCAAAGAGAGCCAAAUAGAAGUUCACAUUCCUGAAAGUUCUCCGGUCGGAACUUCAGUCGUGCAGCUGCAGGCUACAGAUGCAGACGUUGGCGCCAAUGCAGAAAUCAAAUACAUGUUCGGCACCCAGGUAUCUCCAGCCACGAGGAGGCUCUUCGCGUUGAAUUCCACCACCGGCCUUAUAACAGUGCAACGGCCACUGGACAGGGAGGAGACUGCUAAUCAUAAACUGUCAGUUUUAGCGAGCGAUGGCAGCUCCAGUUCGGCACGAGCCACCGUAACAAUCAAUGUGACUGAUGUGAAUGAUAAUGCUCCAAACAUAGAUCUGAGAUACAUUAUCAGUCCAACCAAUGGCACUGUCUUGCUGUCUGAAAAAGACCCCGUUAACACCAAGAUUGCUCUUAUCACCGUCUCUGAUAAGGACACGGAUGUCAAUGGGAAGGUGAUUUGUUUCAUUGAAAAGGACGUGCCCUUCCACCUCAAAGCCGUCUACGACAACCAGUACUUGUUGGAAACCUCAGCUUUGCUUGAUUACGAGGGCACCAAGGAGUACAUCUUUAAAAUUGUGGCAUCUGACUCUGGAAAGCCCAGCUUGAACCAGACAGCACUGGUUAGAGUGAGGCUAGAGGACGAGAACGAUAAUCCGCCGAUUUUUACACAGCCGGUUAUUGAACUGACAGUUUCAGAAAAUAACAAGCGUGACUUAUAUCUGACAACCAUCACUGCCACAGAUGAAGACAGUGGAAGGAAUGCUGAAAUCGUCUACCAGCUUGGUCCUAAUGCCUCCUUCUUUGACCUUGACCGCAAAACAGGGGUGCUCACAGCAUCAAGAGUGUUUGAUCGAGAGGACCAGGAGAGGUUCUUAUUCACUGUCACAGCGAGAGACAACGGCACUCGUGCUUUGCAAAGCCAGGCAGCAGUCAUCGUCACUAUUCUGGAUCAAAAUGACAACAGCCCCAAGUUCACGCACAACCACUUUCAGUUCUUCGUGUCUGAGAACCUGCCCAAGUACAGCACGGUUGGAGUGAUUACAGUUACAGAUGCAGAUGCAGGUGAAAAUGCUGUGGUUUCUCUUUCCAUACUCAACGAUAAUGAAAACUUCAUCCUCGACCCAUACACUGGAGUCAUAAAGUCCAACGUGUCUUUCGACAGGGAGCAGCAAAGCUCCUACACUUUUGAUGUCAGGGCUGUGGACAGCGGCCACCCGCCAUGUUCAUCGGCCGCAAAGGUGACCAUCAAUGUCAUCGACGUCAAUGACAACCCUCCCAUCGUUAUCUACCCUCCUUCGAACACUUCUUUCAAGCUGGUGCCAUUGUCUGCGAUUCCAGGCUCAGUAGUUGCUGAAGUUUUUGCAGUGGAUGGAGAUACAGGAAUGAACGCAGAAUUGAAGUACACUAUCGUCAAUGGGAACAACAAGGGACUGUUCAGGAUUGAUCCUGUGACUGGGAAUAUUACCUUAGAGGAAAAGCCCACAGAAGCCGACUCCGGCCUCCAUCGGCUGGUGGUCAACAUCAGCGAUCUGGGCUACCCAAAGUCCCUGCACACCUUGGUUCUGGUUUUCCUCUACGUGAACAACACUGUUGGAAAUUCAUCUCACAUCUACAGCCUCAUCCGCCAGACCAUGGAGACGCCGCUGGACAGAAACAUAGGCGACAGCAGUGAGGCGUACCACAAUGUCGAUAACUUGAAAACCAUUAUUGCCAUCGUUACAGGAGCAAUGGUGGUCAUCGUGGUCAUUUUCAUCACCGUUCUGGUGCGUUGCCGUCACGCUUCUCAGUUCAAGGCUGCUCAGAGGAAGAAGCAAGGUGCAGAGUGGAUGUCGCCCAACCAGGAGAACAAGCAGAACAAGAAGAAGAAGCGCAAGAAAAGGAAGUCGCCCAAAAGCUCCCUGCUGAACUUUGUCACAAUCGAGGAAAACAAACCCGACGAUCCAGCUCACGAGCCCAUAAACGGCACCAUUAGCAUCCCUGCCGAACUGGAAGAACCCGGGAUCGGACGCUUUGACUGGAAUACUACGCCAACCACCACCUUCAAGCCCAGUAGCCCCGACUUAGCAAGGCACUACAAGUCUGCCUCGCCCCAGUCCGCUUUCCACCUGAAGGCCGACACUCCUGUGUCCGUGAAAAAGCAUCACGUCAUUCAGGAGCUGCCGCUGGACAACACUUUCGUCGGAGGAUGCGACACGCUCUCCAAGCGCUCCUCCACCAGCUCAGACCACUUCAGUGCCUCGGAGUGCAGUUCCCAAGGAGGCUUCAAGACAAAGGGCGGGACCUUACACACCAGACAGGGAACUCUAACACGCGCCCGGACCGAACUGAACCCCGACUAUCUGGACCUGCGCUCACGAACUGACCUCAACCCUGAGUACUGGACGCCCUGCACUCCUCUAUCUCAGCGGCGCGUCACGUUUCACCUGCCGGACGGCUCUCAGGAGAGCUGCAGUGACAGUGGAUUGGGGGAGCAUGAGCCGGUGGGCGGUGGCCCCCUACUGACACACCCACUCCCUCUGGUGCAGCCGCAGGACGACUUCUACGAACAGGCCUCUCCGGACAAGAGGACCGAAGCCGACGGCAACUCUGACCCCAACUCCGAUGGACCGCUGGGGCCGAGGGGACUGGUGGAGGCCACGGAAAUGUGCACGCAGGAGUGUUUGGUGCUGGGCCACUCGGAUAACUGCUGGAUGCCACCCGGCCUGACUUCAUACCCGUCCCCCAAAUCGCCCGUAUCCUCCUACGGCGGGCAGAAGGAGUGGACCAAAGACAAACUUCUGAACGGCCACACGCUGAGCCGCGGCUGGAAGGGCGAGCGCGGCGGCCAGGAGCAAUUCGGGGACAGAAAGGCCUACGGCGUCUCGGAGGGACAUUUCGGCCCCAACGGUGGCGGUCACAUGGCCGAUAUUCCUCUGGCCAGCCUGAAAUCCUACCAGACGGCUUCUGGCCAGGAAAGCCCAAAGGAACAGCAGCUUUAAAAGAGCUGGCAUCUGCAGUCGCCCUCUUUAACCACCCCAACAACUCUUACUAUCACUAUUAUCACUCUUGUUGUCCAACGAAUUAUUAUUAUAAUUAUUAUGAUUAUAACGGUUAUUAUGAGUAUACUACACUUCUGUUCUUUUGCUUCCAUCUCUUUCUCUUUUUUCCGUCCCUUUUUUGUCCUUUUACUACUAUUAUAAUUAUUAUUAUUAUUAUUAUAAUUAUGAUUACUAUGAUUAUUAUUACUACUACGACUAUUGUUAGAUCGAUGCUAUACCGCUGUGUGAUUAGUAAAUAUGUAAAUGUAGGCUACAGAAGUAGAUUACUACGACUUAGACUUUUAAGCGCUUAUGCAGGACAGUAUACGACAAUAUACCAUGCGAAAAAAAACAAAAAAAAAAACAACACACAACACAAACCCCGAACUUACGCCCGGAACGUCUGAAGAAUUUUUUAUUUUUCGAAGAAUUCUGAGGAGUCCAUGAUGCCCAUCUCGUCAUGUUGAAAGGAGCAAAAAAAAAAAAAAAAGAAAGAAAAAAAAUCAAGAAAAAAAAUGUCUGGAAUUUGUUGCAAAAUUCUCAUAUACAGUCCAAAAAAUACAUGUGUGUAACUUCAUCUAGAACAGAGACUACAAAAACGUGCAAAGCAGGUGAUUGUGAAGUUUGAGAGAUUGAUAGAUUGAAAGAGAAAGGAAAUGAAAGAGGAAGAAAGAGGUAAAGGAUGAAUAAAGGUGAUGAAAUGGGACUACCCCUAUGUAUACCAGUUUAAAAAAAAAAUAAUAAUAAUGAUAUAAUGGCUGACCAAUAUACAGUAUACAAAUAUUGUGACGUGGUUGUUAUUGAGCUGUUUUGGGACUAUAUUAAUCUCUACACCAUCCAAGAAAAGUGGAAAAUCACAGUUGAGAAAUGAGCAUUGUGCUAAUACACUGUUAGUGGAUACCUCGUUUAGUCUGUCAUUGUUGGCGUGUUUGUAAAUAUAACUUAAUACUAACCGAUUUUAUGUACUUGUAAUAAUCACAUGGAUAGAUCAGUGAUCAUAUGGCAGUUGUCUAUCUAUCUAUUUUUAUUAUCGUUUAUCAUAAAGCAUAAAGGGUUUUUUGUAUUUAUUUUUAUUUUUUUUGAAGAGGGAGGAUGUUAUUUUUUUAUUUUAUUUUAUUUUUUUGUGUGGGAGGGAUGGGGUUCAUAGCGUUCAUAUCUCCUGUUUGUGUCCUUUUUAGAACGAGACGCCCGGAAAAAGUGUUGAAAAAGAGUUUCAAGAAUUUCACACAGAUUAAAAAAAAAAAAAAAAAAAAACA